AAUCCGCUCCCCCUCCCCGCAGUUAGCAUAUCUCUGGCAAAACAACAGCUUUCUCGUCCAUUUGUACCUUUUCGUAGUACGACUGCCAUAAAAUAUAGCGAGAAAAAUGGCGAAUUAACAGCACCCUUUGUUUCUGGUGGAGGUUUUAGUCGUUUGGGUUUCUGUUUAUGCUCAAGUCGGAGCUAAUAAUUCGGAGCUGUUGACGCGGCGGUAGCUACUAAGCUAACUGUAGGUAGCAUCGAGAAAGAUGGGGUCCGUCCUGAGUCGCAGGAUUGCUGGUGUUGAGGACAUCGAUAUCCAAGCUAACUCUGCCUAUCGAUUUCCACCGAAAUCUGGGAAUUACUUUGCCAGCCAUUUUUUCAUGGGAGGAGAGAAAUUUGACACACCACAUCCAGAGGGAUACCUCUUUGGGGAAAACAUGGACCUGAAUUUUCUUGGAAAUAGGCCAGUUCAGUUUCCGUAUGUGACACCUGCACCCCACGAACCUGUGAAAACCCUGAGGAGUCUGGUGAACAUCAGAAAGGACUCUCUGCGUUUAGUCAGAUAUAAAGAUGACUCUGACACAUCAUUGGAGGACGGAGGGAAACCGAAGGUUCAGUACAGCGUGGAGUUUACCUUCGAUGCUGACGCACGGGUCGCCAUCACCCUCUACUGCCAGGCGUUUGAGGAGUUCUCCAAUGGCAUGGCUGUGUACAGUCCAAAGGAUCCAGCCAUGGUUUCUGAAACAGUGCACUACAAGCGGGGGGUGAACCAGCAUUUCUCUAUGCCAGCCUUCAAAAUAGACUUCAGCGAGUGGAAAGAAGAAGAUCUGAACUUCGAUCUGGACCGGGGAGUGUUUCCCAUGGUAAUCCAAGCUGUGGUCGAUGAAGGAGACGAUUGUCUUGGACAUGCUCAUGUGCUUUUGGCAGCAUUUGAAAGACAUGUUGAUGGCAGUUUCUCUGUCAAGCCACUGAAGCAGAAGCAAAUUGUAGAUCGUGUGAGCUACCUCUUACAGGAAAUCUAUGGGAUUGAGAACAAAAACAACCAAGAAACAAAGCCAUCUGAUGAUGAGAACAGUGACAACAGCAAUGAGUGUGUCGUCUGUCUAUCUGACCUGCGAGACACACUCAUCCUGCCCUGCAGACAUCUGUGCCUCUGCAACUCCUGCGCAGACACACUGCGUUACCAGGCCAACAACUGUCCCAUCUGCAGACUGCCUUUUAGAGCCUUGCUGCAGAUCAGAGCUGUGAGGAAAAAGCCUGGAGCUCUUUCUCCUGUCUCCUUCAGUCCAGUUCUGGCUCAAACUAUGGACCACGAUGAGCACUCAAGCUCAGACUCUGUUCCUCCUGGUUUUGAGCCCAUUUCACUAUUAGAGGCUCUGAACGGUCUGAGGUCAGUGUCCCCUUCCAUCCCCUCGGCCCCCCUGUAUGAUGAAAUUAAUUUUUCCGGGGGGUUGGGGGGUGAUGGCCGACAGCUAAGCUCACCAGAGCAUUUAAGUGACGGAAGUCUGCAGAAAAGCAAAGUCAGCAAGUCACCUGACAGCACCCUUCGAUCCCCAUCCUCUCCGAUCCAGGAGGAGGAUGAAGAGAAGCUGUCUGAGAUGUCUGACGCUCAGCCACACACACGUCUCUCCAGCAGCCCCGCCCCGACCGACGCAACAGCAGCUGAGGAUGUGGCCGAGUCUCUUUCUCCAGAUGAUGAGGACAGGAUGCAUUCUGGAGAAGACAUCCUGCAGGACUGCAGCAGCGAGCGCUGCAGCUUGACCAAAACAGAAAGCGACCCUGCGUGUGAUCUGUCCCUGCCUGGUUCCUCAGAGUCCACAGAAAGUCUGAAAAGUCAGAGCACAAACUGCUCCAGCCAGCCUCUCCUGCGUCCUUCAAGCAGCCUUCACAUGGAGGACGAGCACUUCAACCCCUGACGCUUCUCCCCCAAAGAUCAUCUUAUCGCCUCGCAAGAUUUUCCCAAACAACCCUCCUCGAACCAAUCUUGUGUGGUUGUGAGAGCAGAAAAGGAGCCUAAUGGAAAGUUAAAGACGAGGAGGGGCUCUUAUUUAUUCCAUCAAUACAAAACAUUUAUGACUGACACUUAGUUUCCUCUGUUUUUCCCAGCUUUGAAAAUAUUUCAUUACCUCUUUAUCACGUGUGUCUUGGCCAGAUUUGUGGUCUUGUAAUGUAGAGUCCAGAGAGAGAUUUCACUGCCUGUCAUGGUGGUGCUUUUAAGCACGUUUAAUUUAACAUUUAACAAUUUCUUGACAAUAAAUUCGAAACAGUCUUUAAAUGCAGUUUGCGCUUAGGUAUUGUAAUUAUUAGUAAAAACCCAGAGCAUUUAAGACUAUUUCAUUAGGUUUACUAUUAGUAUUUAAAAAGUCAUUACUUAUGUAUCUGUGUCCUUUUUUGUGAUAUUGCACUCCCGUUUUUCCAUUCCUUUUUAAUAAAAGCAUACUGUAUGAUAAGGUUAUUUUAACUUGAUUAUUGUCCUAAACAUCGGCAUGUUUGCUUUUAAUAUUUUAAAAUAACAAAAAAUCUGUGUAGAUAAUUUUAAAGUGUAUUAUUGCUUAUUAUAUAUAUAUAUUAAAGAGCGUCUGCCAUUCCAGAUGAGAACAUUUUAACAGUCAUGUUUUUUUUACCAGAGCUGCAGAUUUAGGUCUCGACAGCUGAUUUUAAAGCCUGAAACAAACUAAAGUUCCCUCUGCAUUAUGCUGGUUUAGUGUUUGGCUCAGCAAGCGUACUUGUCAUUGAUGUGACUGAUCUCUGUACAGUCUUUGUGGCAACGUGUUUGGUAUUAAUGUUGCAAAAAAGACUGUAAAAGCCACGUGUUUUGUGACAGCAGUGGCUUCAUUUACCUCGGUCCUGUAUGUGUAGCAUCAUGCAUAUAGAUCUAUGUGCCUUCAAGUAGCUGCCUGCUUGCAACGAACAUUGGUGUUUUUACAAACGCUUCAAUUUACAACAGUUUCAGCCCACAGACAGGAUUUACAUUUUAUUUACUCUUGCAGUCUUCAUGAUAUUAAAAAAAUAUAUCAUUAGGUACAGCCAUUUUAAGUUGGAGUCGUUCUUAUUUACAUUUUAUUUGACCAAAUAUCAGAAUUCAGUGAUGUGUUACUGAAACAAACAUCUGAUGCAAAGUUUGCAGUAGCUGGGCUUGAUUGCAUGCGACUCUAGAGGCUUUCUACCUCUGCAUUUUAAGUACUGUGGUUAUUUUUAGCCUUUAUUUUCCCAUUUCUGUGCCAUUUCAAGUUGACACUGUGCCUUCCUGUUCUCACCACUAUUGACCUGGCAUCCAGGAGUACCCCACAGUAUGGUUUUUGGCUCCCUGUAAAAUCUGUCCCGGUCUCUGUGUGUGUAUAGCAGCAUGUGUAUAACAAUAAAGUACAAAGACUCAA